AUGAAGACUGAAGUCCGUCACCCACCUGUGAAAGCAGUAAUUAAUGUAAGUAUCCGACAUCUAGAAAGCUCUGAAGAAGCAGUACUAAACAAAGGCCUCAACUUUGCAACAACCAUCAAGCGCAUUCCAUACUUGUACAUAAUAGCCCCUAUUGAAGAGAUAGCCAUAAAGAUGCCAAAAGCUCAGGGAGAUGAACUAAGGUGGAAAGUGAGACAGGUACUAGAAAAAGCGAAACUUCCCAAACCAAACAUCACUAAGGAAGAAACGUUCGCUAUCAAAAGACUACAGAGUGACAAUUCGAUCAUAAUACUUCCAGCAGACAAGGGAAAUGCUACAGUGGUGAUGAACAAGUCUGACUACUCGGAAAAACUGGCAAAGUAA